CAAUGCAGACCAUCCAAGUGUAAUUGCAAAUUCUGUCAUUGGUGAAGUGAAUAGGAAACGCGGUUGCUGAGGGCUGGAAACCGGUUUCAUGCGGUGAAGGAUCUACAUUCAAACGGAUCAGCGGCAUUAGGUUUCCGAACACCGGGCAGCUUUGAGCCAUGAGGUUCAACUAUGUAUCAGUGAGCAGCUUGUGCCUCCUUGUCGUGUAUCUGGCCGACAUUGCUAUUGCUGGCCGUGACUUUUAUAAGAUCCUGGGGGUGUCUCGAGGAGCUACUGUAAAAGAAAUAAAAAAGGCAUAUCGUAAGUUGGCAUUGCAGCUACAUCCUGAUCGAAAUCCAGACGAUCCUCAAGCGCAAGAAAAAUUCCAGGAUCUGGGUGCUGCCUAUGAGGUGCUUUCUGAUGAAGAAAAAAGGAAACAGUAUGAUGCGUAUGGAGAAGAAGGUCUUAAAGAUGGCCACCAAAGCUCCCAUGGGGAUAUUUUCUCCCACUUCUUUGGAGACUUUGGUUUCAUGUUUGGAGGUAAUCCACGACAGCAGGACAGGAAUAUUCCACGAGGCAGUGACAUCAUCAUUGAUUUAGAAGUUACAUUAGAAGAAGUGUAUUCGGGGAACUUUGUAGAAGUAGUAAGAAAUAAGCCUGUAGCUCGUCAGGCACCAGGCAAGCGUAAAUGUAACUGUCGUCAAGAGAUGAGAACAACACAACUUGGUCCAGGACGCUUUCAGAUGACACAGGAGGUUGUCUGUGACGAGUGUCCCAACGUCAAACUUGUAAAUGAAGAGCGGACUCUAGAAGUAGAAAUUGAACCAGGAGUGCGAGAUGGCAUGGAGUAUCCCUUCAUCGGAGAAGGUGAACCACAUAUUGACGGAGAACCUGGAGACUUGCGUUUUAAAAUCAAAGUUCUUAAACACCCAAUAUUUGAAAGAAGAGGAGAUGAUCUGUAUACAAAUGUAACUAUAUCUUUAGUUGAAGCACUUACUGGAUUUGAAAUGGAUAUUUCCCAUUUGGAUGGCCACAAGGUUCACGUAGUGCGUGACAAGAUAACCAGACCUGGAGCAAAACUUUGGAAAAAGGGAGAAGGUCUGCCAAAUUUUGACAAUAACAAUAUCAAGGGUUCUCUGAUUAUCACUUUUGAUGUUGAAUUCCCCAAAGAACAGUUAACAGAUGAACAGCGGAAUGGUGUGAAACAGCUGCUGAAGCAAGGAUCAGUACAGAAGAUUUAUAAUGGGCUUCAAGGAUAUUAAAAGGCGUUUACAAAAAAAAAAAA